AUGAGCCUCCUGAUAUUCAUUAGUUUGCAUGAGCAAGCACCUUACCAAAUCCAUGCGGUCCAAGGACUGUCCUUCAAAAACUACCUCAUUUCUCCCUUUCCAAAUUCUCCACAAUCCAAAAGCCACAAUUUGAAGGAUCUCAUCCAUCUGAUCAACCUGAGCAAACCGCCAGCUGAACAUCCGGAUUUUAGGAGGCACUCGCAAGACCCAAAUACGUUUCCAUGGACGACUUUGUCCACUUUGGUUGCUGCAUUCACCCUCUCCCUUCCGGCCAAUCACUCCAUUUCUUCUCAACUCGACUACCAAGUCAUAACCAGACUUAACGGUGUACCAUUCAUGUUUUGUAAAAUGCCAUAUUUGUCUGUCUGGGCAGCCCCAUCAGCUAAUGACCAUGGCUAG